UUCGAGGGCAAGCAAAAUGCGAUUCAGAACCCCUAUAAAUCACCAAUUACAGUUCUCUUCAAUUCAGUCAGUACAACACAAUAUUAGCUAAAGAAACGUAAGAGAAAGUAAAAAACAAGCUUUUAGUGAGUAACAAUGGCAGAGGAGGUGAUACUUCUGGACUUCUGGGCGAGUAUGUUUGGGAUGAGGACGAGGAUCGCUCUGGAGGAGAAAAAAGUCAAGUUCGAUUAUAGAGAACAAGAUUUAUGGAAUAAAGGCUCCUUGCUCCUCGAGAUGAACCCGAUUCAUAAGAAAAUACCGGUUCUCAUCCACAAUGGUAAACCGGUCUGUGAGUCUCUCAUCCAGGUCGAGUACAUCGACGAGACUUGGCCCGGUGAAAACCCCUUCCUUCCUUCUGAUCCUUAUCAAAGAGCUCAUGCCAAGUUUUGGGCAGAUUUCAUCGACAAAAAGGUGAAUGUUACGGCGAGGAGGAUUUGGGCGAUAAAAGGUGAGGAGAAGGAAGCAUCCAAGGAGUUAAUAGAUAUAUUCAAGACGCUAGAAGCCGAGCUUGGAGACAAGCAUUACUUCGGAGGCGAAACGUUUGGGUAUGUGGACAUAGCUCUCAUUGGGUUCUACAGCUGGUUUGGAGUCUACAACAAGUUUGGGAAUAUGCGUAUCGAAACAGAGUGUCCAACGUUGACUGCGUGGGCCCAAAGGUGUUUGAAGAGAGAGAGCGUCGCUAAAACCCUGCCUGAGUCGGAGAAGGUCACUACGUUCAUUUCCCAGCGUCUUGGCGUCGAGUAGAUCCUCUUAUGGUGUUCUGUUGUACUAUGUCUGCUCUUGUUGUGUCUUCUCUAUCUAUCUAAAGUUUAUUUCUGCUUAAUAAUGUGAUUCUGUGAGGUUGUUUAAGUGCAUGUAAGUGUUGAUCUGAUUGUCGGUUUUUUUUUGUAUCUUCACUGUAUUUGGAAAUGAAUUUUCAAUACGUUGAAAAGUCUAUAAUAAAGGAUGUGUGUCAAAUCAUGAAA